UCACACUGGGCCCACUCCUGCAUUCCCGAUGAAAAUCACAGGAAGGGCACCACGGUGAUGGUAGAGGGGGAGGGGGCACCUCUCCACCUCACCACGUCUCCAGCUCACGUUACCGAGCGAUGGUGAAGUGGCGGAGUCAGCGCGGAGCCAAGCUGCGCCACUAAAGCCUGCAUUAUCACCUAAAGAUAAAAGUCAGCUCGCAUGCCAAUUAUGUUCCUGCAUCAACAUUUUACCUCUCCCUGAAUUUCCACGGUGAGUGCGCGCCACCGCUUGGGUCCAUUCACAAUGGGACGGGGCGGUGUGGCGCAUCUAUGCCCGGCCGGUGGGCGCCGUGAGUGACGGCGGCAGCUGUGGAGCUGGAAGAAGAAUCUUCUCCUGGGACCUCGCGGUUGUGUGAAGCGCCUGAUCUGGAGGCAACGUGAGGAGCGCGCAUACCUCGAGAAAAACGGACGACAAGACUCCUUCCUUCUUGCGCCCGACGGCCGCCGAGGAGCUAACCGAUUGGUAAGAGAAAGGGGGAAAUACUUCAUCUUUCAGCAGGGCAGAGACAAAGCUGUACCUUCAAAGCCAAAAGGUUGUGGGCGCGUAGUAUGGGAGCGCUAUGUUGUCCAGGAAAGGACUCGUCCCUGAGGAUUAUUUGCUGACCCGUUUAGCUGAGAAUGUUCUACAGCCCAAGUUGUUCAAGGCCAAACCGAGGAAAGCUCGCUUCGUCGCCAAGAACGGCGCCUGCAAUGUAGCGCACACCAACAUCCGAGAACAGGGCCGAUUCUUGCAGGACGUCUUCACCACUCUCGUGGAUUUAAAAUGGCUUCACACGCUCAUUAUUUUCACCAUGUCCUUCCUGUGCAGCUGGCUUCUUUUCGGGAUGAUCUGGUGGCUCAUUGCCUUCGCGCACGGCGACUUGGACCCGAGAGGAGACGACUUUGUCCCGUGCGUAACGGACAUUCACUCCUUCUCCUCGGCCUUCCUCUUCUCCAUAGAGGUCCAGGUGACCAUCGGCUUCGGGGGCCGGAUGGUCACGGAGGAGUGCUUCUCCGCCAUCCUCAUCCUGAUCGUGCAGAACAUCGUCGGGCUGCUCAUCAACGCCAUCAUGCUCGGCUGCAUCUUUAUGAAAACCGCGCAAGCCAAUCGGCGCGCGGAGACGCUCAUUUUCAGCAAGCACGCAGUCAUCUCCGUCCGGAACAACAAGCUGUGCUUCAUGAUGCGCCUCGGCGACCUGAGGAAAAGCAUGAUCAUCAGCGCCACCGUGCGGCUGCAGGUGGUGAGGAGAACCACCACCGAGGAGGGCGAGGUGGUGCCUCUGAACCAGAUCGACGUACACUUGGAUAACCCGGUGGGCACCAACGGCGUCUUCCUGGUGUCCCCCCUGAUCAUCUGUCACGUCAUCGACAAGGACAGCCCUCUCUACGAGCUGUCCGCUCUGGACCUGCAGCACGAGGACAUCGAAGUGAUCGCGGUGCUGGAGGGGGUGGUGGAGACCACGGGCAUCACCACCCAGGCUCGGACCUCCUACGUGUCGGAGGAGAUCCUGUGGGGGCAGCGCUUCGUGCCCACAGUGUCCGAGGAGGACGGCAUGUACGCGGUGGACUACUCCAAGUUCGGUAACACCAUGAAGGUGCCGACGCCGUGCUGCAGCGCCAAGCAACUGGACGAGGCAGGUGGCAUCGCUCGGUUUAAACUCAACGAGGGCGUCACUUUGCGGGCGACCGUGAGACGGCGGCGGGGUUCUACGGUGGUCCGCAGGUCCAAGGUGGAGACUUUAGUGAGCCGAUGAUCCACGUUGACCCUGUCUGCCAGCAUUUUAUAUAAGAAAUAACUAUUUUAAGAUUUUAGAGUUAAAUGACAACAAUGUUAUUUAUUUUAAAAUGAAUACGUUAUACUGUAGAGCACUUGUAAUCAGUAAUCCACACCACAUCUAUCUCUUUAGUCAAGUCACAACAAGCCUUUUACUCAGGGUCGGAGUGAAAACGCACGAAGACAGAAUGCACUAAUAUAAAAAUGAGAUGGGACGGUUAGAAAAACGGAGGAAUCCCGGUGCCCAGGAUGAACAGAAAGUCCAGUUUGGAUGCGUUUUUUUUUUUAAUUAAGAGUGACUGCAUGUAUCUUGAAUCAAUAAAGGUGAAUGCUUCAUGUAAA